AUGUAAAAUAAAGAAAGCUGUGGAUCAUUUUAAAUAAAUAAUAAGCCUUUUAAAUUUGAGCUAUUUUAGGAAUAAGUAGUACAUUAAUAGUAAUUUUGUUAUGCAAUUGCUAUUAAUGAUAAUAACAAUCUAUUAACUACUUCGGCAUAUAAAAACAUUAAAAUACACUAUUUCAAUAAAGGAAAAAUGAAAUAACUUAAAGAAAUAUAAAAACAUUAAGGUUGGAUAACAACUCUUAAUUUUUUUAAAAAGAGACCCAACUUUGUUUCUGGUUCUUAAGAUGCUUCAAUUAUUAUUUGGUUUUCAAUCCUUAUGCCUGUUUCUAAAUUUAUGAUGAAAUUAAAUGUACAUUCUAGAGCUAUUAAUUGUGUUAUCAUAUCAUAAAUAGAUGAAAAUCUUUUUAUUAGUGCAUCAGGUGAUGGUACUAUUAGAUUUUGGUCCUCUUUAAUAUCUAAUAGCUCUUAAUGGUUAUGUUAUUAAACAAUUAAUGAACACACUAAUUCUAUUUAUGAAUGUUCACUUAAUGAAGAUGCAAGUUAAUUAAUUUCUUGUAGUUAAGAUUGCAAAAUCUUAAUAAUUGAUAGAUAAUAAAAUUAAAAAUGGUAAGUCAAACAGAUUAUAUAGAUGAAUAGAAGAGGAUAUAGAUUAAAAUUUAUAGAUUAUCACACCUUUGUUUUUCUUUCAUACUCUUCAAAUCAUCUUAGAGUAUAUAAACUUAAUGUAAAUUCAAAUAAUUAAGAAGAAUAUAUAAAUAUUUAAAAUAUACCAAUACAAGGUAGUGAAUAAGCAUGUAUGUGUUACUUUCCAUCUUAAUAUAAUAAAUAAAAAAACUUAUUAAUAAUUAAGAAUGGCUACUAUGUUAAUUGUUUAAGAUUAAUACCAUCUCAUUAUUCCACUUAACUUUUAGAUUGUGAAUAAUCAUUUAAUAUUGAUUUUAACAGUUAAACUGAAGGAAAUAUAUUCGGAACAUUGAGUGAUGACGGAGAAUUUUUGAUUUUUUGGGAUGCAUACUCACGAACAUUUUAAGUUAGAAAAUAUUCUGAAAAUAUAUGA